UAUUUACUUUUUAUCGUUUGGUAUGUUUUGAUUUUUUUUUUUUUUUACAGUGGUUAUCGUCGUUUUUCAACCAUUGAUAUCCGGUUGAUUUCCUUUUGUGCUCCCCGACUAACUGAUACCUCGUUUUCAUCGUUUAUUUUUUAACAGUUGAUGUCCGGUUCAUUUGUUGUUCCGUGACAAAAAAUUGGUAAGUAUGAAUACUAAAAUUAGUUUGCCAGUUUCCUGCAAUGUUUUUCUUCAGUUUUUAUAUACCUUUUUUUUCCCUACAGUUUACAGUUAUAAUUUUUCACCUGUAGUUAUCAGGUUGAUAUUCGACAGUGCUCCCUGACUAAAGCUUUGUAAGUUGAUCAAAGUCCAACUACACUUGUUAUUACUGUAUUUACUGUAUUUACUUUUUAUCGUUUGGUAUGUUUUGAUUUUUUUUGAUUUUUUUACAGUGGUUAUCGUCGUUUUUCAACCAUUGAUAUCAGGUUGAUUUCCUUUUGUGCUCCCCGACUAACUGAUACCUCGGUAAGAAUAUCUCAAACUCAAAUUUUUGGGAUAUUUGCCUUAUUUGUGUAUAUAGUUUCCUGUUUGACUGAGAUAUUUUUGUCACUCAUUUUAUUUUACAAUUCUUAAUUUCUUUUCCCCUACAGUUGUCAUUGGUCACUUUUCAACAGUUUAAGUCCUGUUCCUUUCUUGUUCCUUGACUAAAGCUUGGUAAGUAUGACUUAAAAAUUUAUAGUAAACACUUUAAUUUUAUAUGAAAAUUAAUGAUAAACCGCAGACACAGAAUAUAAUUAUACAUAAUUAAUUUUUUUGGGCUACUACCAACAAGAAAAUAGUUUGUUGGCUGAAUUUGUUGACUGACACAACAGCAAAGUAAUCCCAUUAUUUUAGCCUCAAAAAUGUGAAUGUAGUAAACAUAAUUUUUAAUAAAAAGUAUUCAAUUAAAUCAAUUUAUUAUCCAUAUAACUUAAAAAUAUAUUAUUUUUUAUAGAUUCAAAAAUGCCACGUUGCAUUGUAAAAAAUUGUCCUCACUGGACUGGAAGAAAAGGAUCUGAAGGUGUCAUACUACAUGGAUUUCCCAAUGAUACACAAAAAAUAAAAACCUGGCUCCUUCAUAUAAAACAGGAUUUUGGAAACAUCGAUGAAUUUGCCCAAAAAGUUCUUGAGGGGAAAAAAAAUGAUCUCUACAGGAUCUGCUCUUUGCAUUUCACAUCUGACUGCUACGAGAAAAGAAAAACGAAGACAUUUCUUAAGAAUGGCGCAGUCCCUACAGUCUUUCAAGACAUUGACACUUCAGUGGACCCAGUCAUAUGUCCACCAUCAAAACGACAGAGAACAGAAGACUUUGUAGUUGAGGCAUCUGCACCUUCCAGAAUUCAGUUACCCAUCAUGAGAGAUUCCCAGACCCAAACUGACACUUGGAUUCAAACUGUCACUGGGACUUCGAAAGAUGUGGCUUGCAUGACCAAUCCGAAGUUAAUUUCAAAGAGUUCAGGAACACAAAUUGAACUGAAAUACAUUACAUCGAAUUGCAGCAUUCAGUGUGAAUUGCUUUUACCGAUUCCUGAAACGACCAUCCAAGAAAAAGCAUGUGUAGUACAAAUGGAUCAUUUUUACCCAAAAUCUUUUUCAACACCUUUGAAGAUUGGCCAAGAAUCUGUAAGUGAUCAAGAAUUUCAAAAAGAAUACUCAAUAAAUACUGACGACCUUAGCCAAAAUCGUAGUGAGCCCAUGAGCUUCAGCUGUCUAGAUUCAACAAUAGAGUCUACAGAACAAGGCAAAGAUGACGAUUUUGAACCCUUAACUGAAUUUGAAAACACUGAGACAACCUUUGAAGAAGAGGAGGAGAAAAAUGAAAAAGAUUUGAUAAAGGAGCGCAAAUUUUUGGUAUUCGAAUCGUGUUUGGAUGAUUUGUUAUUCAAAGUAAGAUGUGGUUUCAGUAUUGAAUGCACCUCACCUAUAGAAAAAUUAAACAAGAAAACUAUUGGAUCUUCCCUCUCCGUUACUGCUACUUGCAUUAGUGGCCAUGAAUUUCAGCUGUGGCAAAGCCAACCAAGAAUUAGAAAUGUUCCUGCUGGAAAUCUACUCUUAAGUUGUGCAAUACUAUGCAGUGGAGCUAGCUUUCAAAAAGUGGAUGACAUGCUGAAUAUUUUAGGAUUGCUACAUAUUUCAAAAACAACCUACUACAGGUUUCAACGUGAAUAUUUGUUUCAAGCUAUCGACAGACAAUGGCAAUUAGAACAGGAGUCUUUGCGCACUCAACUGUCUGAAAAGGCACUAUGUGUUGCUGGUGAUGGGCAGUAUGACAGCCCGGGACACUGUGCAAAAUAUUGCAUUUAUUCGAUGAUGGACAUGGUUUCAGAGAAGAUUUUGCACUUUCAAAUUUUACAAAUUUUUAAAAAGAAAAGAUCAGGCGAACUGGAAAAAGAGGCCUUUUGCAAGUGUUUGAAAAAAAUUCAAGAAGAUGGCUUUGAUGUACAGAUAGUGGCAACAGACAGGCACAGUGGCAUCAAAAAAGCAGUUCAAGAUGAUUUUAAAACUUUAAUUCAUCAGUUUGAUACUUGGCACUUCACAAAAAGUCUCCGAAAAAAACUUGUUGCUGCUAGCAAGAGAAGACUGUGCAAACCACUGUCUGAAUGGAUACAGCCACUUGUGAAUCAUUUUUGGUGGUCUGCGCAGACAUGUGGUGGUGACGUUGAUGUCCUAAAAGAAAAGUGGAAUUCAGCUUUAAACCACAUCCAGGGGAUUCACGAAUGGGAAGAUGGACUUGGCGGAUGUGCACACGACACUUUGACAGAGGAAGAAGAAAAUGAAACCCAGUGGAUAAAAAAUCGGAUCCAGCUUAUGAAAGCCUGCUUACCAUAUUCAACGAUCCUCGAUUUGACAAAGAUAUAG